GCAGAAGGGAGUUGCGGCAGCUAGAGCAGCCAGCUCGAUCGCUAGAGUUCUUGUGGGUAUAGAUCGAGAAAUAGCCUGCAGGUUCAAGAUUUCUAGUGUGUGUGGUGAUGGCAUCAGCUCCAGUUCAGGAACAACACCUACAGCCAGGGACGAAGCACUUCAGGAACCAGCUUGCUGCUGCCGUCAGGAGCAUCGGUUGGAGUUAUGCCAUCUUUUGGUCCAUUUCAACCAGUCGCCCAGAAGUAGUUUUGGCUUGGAAAGAUGGGUUCUACAACGGUGAGGUUAAAACGAGGAAGAUAUCCAACUCGGAGGAGCUGACGGCCGAGCAGCGCGUCCUGCAGAGAAGCGAGCAGCUGAGGGAGCUCUACUGCUCCCUCCUGUCCGGCGAGUGCGACCACCGGGCAAGAAGGCCCAUGGCCGCGCUGUCGCCGGAAGAUCUCGGUGACGCAGAAUGGUACUACGUAAUUUGCAUGACCUACAUCUUCCGGCUUGGCCAAGGGUUGCCAGGCAAAAGCUUUGCAAGCAAUGCACCUGUUUGGCUGUACAAUGCCCAGUCUGCCGAUACCAACACCUUUCUGCGCGCGCUCUUAGCGAAGAGCGCGUCCAUUCAGACAAUCGUAUGCAUCCCCUUCAUGAGUGGCGUGCUUGAGCUCGGGACCACUGAUCUAGUUUCGGAGGACCCAAACUUGGUAAACCGAAUCGUCGCGUCGUUCCGGGAGCCUCAGUUCCCGACAUUCUUAGAGGUGCCGAGCUCCAGUCCUUCUCCGGACGACAUGGAAGAUGCCGACCCCGUGUUCGAAGGCUUCAUUGAUCACAACGCCAUCGAACAGGAGCAGACGGUGGUCGUCGUACCCCCGGGAGAACACGAGCUCGGCGACGCCGUCGUCGUCGCCGCCAACGACGACCUCGACCAAGUCACCAUGGAGAUCGACGAGCUCUACAGCUUCUGCGAGGAGCUGGACCUGGACCUGGACAUGGACGUCGUGCGCUUUCUCGAGGAUACGGCCGGCUUGCCUGUGAACCCCGGCCGUUCUUUCCAACUAGUCCCAACGACGACGUCGUCGUCACUAGAGGCGGCGGCGGCCAACGAUGGUGAUGCCGUCGGCGACGCCGUCGCGAACUCCCGCGCGUCGUGUUUCGUGGCUUGGAAGCGAGCGAGCUGCUCGGACGAGGCGAUGGCCGCCGUGCCGGUGACCGGCAUAGAGCCACAGAAGUUUCUGAAGAAAGCUGUAGACGGUGGCGCAUGGAUGAGCAGCAACGACGGCGACGGCCGUGAUGGCCGCGUGGCGAUCAUGGCUCAAGAGAGCAGCAUCAAGAAUCAUGUCAUGUCAGAGAGAAGGCGCCGGGAGAAGCUCAACGAGAUGUUCAUGAUCCUGAAGUCACUAGUCCCCUCCGUCCGCAAGGUGGACAAAGCAUCCAUCCUUGCAGAAACGAUAGCCUACCUCAAAGAGCUGGAGAAAAGGGUGAAGGAGCUGGAGUCCAGCAGCGAAGCAUCAGCACGACAGCGAAGGCGGCGUGAGAUCGCCGGCGGGAAGGUCUGCGUCGUCGGUGGCGGUGGCGGCGACGCAGGGAGGGAGCAACACCGCGUCGUGAUCUCCCAGCAGGAGGGCGCCCCGGCCGCCAACGUGGAUGUAACCGUCGCAGGCAAGGUGGUCGUCCUCGACGUGCAGUGCCGGUGGAAGGAGUUGGUGAUGACACGAGUGUUCGACGCGAUCAAGAGCCUAAGUCUCGACGUUCUCUCGGUGCAGGCCUCGGCACCAGAUGGUCUCCUCGGACUCAAGAUACAAGCUAAAUUUGCUUGUUCUGGUGCAGUGGCACCUGGGAUGAUCAGCGAGGAACUCCAGAAAGCUAUAGGCAGCUAUUAUUGUUGAAGCACUGAGCACAGAAGACGAUCAUGUACUUAUAGAUAUAUUCUACUUUUCAAAUGCAGGAAUAAGCAGAAUUCCAGUAGGAUACCCAUGAAAUUUUUAUUUGUCCCGAACGAGCAAAGUUUAAUAAACCACACACACAUCCCUGUAUCGCAACCACGCCAGCCACAAUUCUAGCCAAGAUAAAGGAAGUGGGAAAUUGCAGGUGCCUUGCAUGGGCCAAGAAACUUUUGUUAAUCACAUAGCGUGUGGCCAUGUGGUAAUAUAUAUGAUUCUAUAUAAACAAAUUCUGUAAAAAGUUAUCCUUUAUUAAUGGACUAGCGUGGUGGCCAUGGCACACAGUUGAGCACAGGGAUAGCCGUGGGUCGAAUAAAUACCCACGGGUCGAUCCAUGCCUAUCCUUAGUUGAGCAGGUAACUGCUCUCUCUCCGUUUCAAGUUAUAAGUCGUUUUGACUUUUAGUUAAAGUUAAACUACUCUAAGUUUAACUCAA